UUUUAGCCUUUUAUUAUUUCAUGUGCUUUCAAAUCUGCAAGAGUGGUUCACAACUGUGCUCGAUGAAAAACAAACUAAACACAACAGAGAAGCAGACACCGAACAAAAUUUGACUAUACAAUUAACGUCAACAAACUGGGGUCCUAACCCACGAGGUCGGGGCCUGUUUUUGUGGUGCCGUGACUGUCAACACUCACACGUCUUUGUCACACGUGGGCGUGCGAUGUCACCCGUCACUGGGUCCACGUGCUAAGCAACCAAAAUCUGUUUAUCUCUUAGGUCUGUCAAAAGGUUGAGCAUGACGUUAACUGUUCUUUCAAAUACUUAAAAAAUGGACGUAUUAUCCCAAGAAAAGUCAAAACCACUGUCUACAUUGUUUGUAUUUAGUUUUAUACCACCAAGAAGAAGUGGACCCAAAGAAGAACGUUAUUUCAGCUGCAAUUCUAAGAUAACACUACAUUUAAAAUGUAUUUAUAUGACUAUAUAUCAACGAGCUGAAGGUUACCAUAACAAGUUGCACCGAGAUGACAGAGAACAUGCAAAGAGCCGUGGACUGGACAUUUUCAACGAGGAAUCAUCAGCUGUGCUGUCGUCCUCUGAGUAUGGGCGUCGUCUGCCCCCAGCCCUGUACACACCAGGACGACAGUUUGGAGUCUACAGGAAAAACGGAAUUACCAGAACAGUGGAGGAGGGAUACGGGACUGUUGUUCCGGUUUGAAAGUAACUUUUUACUCAUAAGGUAUGCAAUACGUGUGAGAAAAUUAAUUAAAAAAAUUUUUUUUCUUACUUGUCAUUUGUUUUUUUUUUUUCCUCUUUCUUUUGCUAUGACUGUUAAUCUUUAUCUGGGAUAGCAGAUAAUAAAUUUUACAUAUAAAUGAA